AAUAGUCAUGUUACAAGUAGAAUAUUCAUCUUUAUAAGAGUAAUAUAGACUGUUCAGAGUGGAUGUUUAGCCGAGAGAUGAAACGUAGACUUCAAUUUCCCUAUAAAAAGCAAUGCUCUCAACUCUGUCUUGCAAUCUCUCAUUCCCACCCAGAUUGAAAGUUUGUAGUGCGGGGCUUAGAACCUAAUUGACCACCGUUGGCAUCUAUGGUUGGCAGAUUCAGUAGACUCUUGACUGGCACAUAAUAGCAGCUGCCUCAAUACACCGCUGGCUCGUCCUUUACCACACCACAACGUCACUAUCUCGCAUCCUCAACGCCCCCAGUGAGGACAAGAAUUAAGAGAUGGCGAAUUUGAAGAGCUAUGGAAGUGAGGACCCGCUGGUGAGGUACACUGUGGACCACUCCCUCAGACUCACGGAGGGACAGAAGAAGCUGAUGGCCCUCACCCUCACGCUGCCCAGGUACGUCAUGCUCGGGGCGCCGGAGGUCCUGCAGCUCAACGCAAACCUCAUCCGGAGCAUCGGCGGAAGGAAGGUGUUGGACGUGGGGGUCUACACAGGCGCUAGUGCCUUGUCUGCGGCGCUGGCGCUGCCCCAGGACGGCGAGGUGCACGCCUUGGACAUCACCGAGGAAAACAUCAAUUUAGGCAGGCCGUUCUGGCAGGAGGACGGCGUGGCUGACAAGAUCCACGUCCACAUCGGCCUGGCCACGGACACCCUGCAGCGGUUCAUCGCGGAGGGCCAGACCGGCACUUUCGACUUCGCCUUCAUCGACGCCGACAAGGCAAACAUUGAUCGCUAUUACGAGCAGUGCCUGGUGCUGGUGCGGCCCGGCGGCAUCAUCGCCUUUGACAAUACGGUGUUGAAUGGCAGAGUCCUGAACCUUGACGACCAGAAGCCUGACGCUGUAGCAAUAAGGAGGAUAAACGAGAAACUGAGGGACGACGAGCGUAUCCAUCUGUCGUUCCUGAAGGUUGGCGAUGGCCUCAGCUUAUGCUUCGUAAAGUGAGGCUGCUUAUAUGCGCCGAAGAGGGAGGGAGGCGACGUGGAUCCGAGUUGACCGUCUGGAGUUUUGCCUUUUUGUAACACGUACGGCGCUCCCUGAUAUGUAGCUCUUCACUGUCUGGGUCUCAUAUUUUCCUCUUUUCCUCUUUUCCUUCUUUCCUCUUCCUCCUUGAUGUGUAUCCGUGGCUUCAUUACCCUUUCAAUGGGGCUACAAAUUAAUGAGUGUGAGAGUAAUAUUUCUCAGGAUCUCGCCAUCCGUGUUAAGGAUUAAAGUGUUCGUACCUCUAAAAGGUUUAUAUAUCUACCAUAACACACUCCCUUGACCGUGGAAAGUCUAUUUGUCCACUAAAGGAAUAAUCCAUGGAAAGUGUUUU